AUGCACGCCCAGACUCUUCUCGCUCUCCUCCCUGCUGUGGCCAUGGCCCAGUACGGCUACGGCGACAACGGCAGCGACGACUCCGCUGCCUCGGCCACGACAACCGCCUCCGCCGCCGCCGCAUCCUCUUCCUCCUCCGCCUCCAACGUCCACAUCGUCAAGGUCGGCGACGGCGGCCUGACCUUCUCCCCCAGCGACAUCAAGGCCGCCGUCGGCGACAUGGUCGAGUUCCACUUCUACCCCAAGGCGCACUCCGUCGCCCAGUCCUCCUUCGACAAGCCCUGCGAGCCCCUCACCAACGGCACCGCCACCGGCUUCUUCAGCGGCCCCGUCCCCGUCUCCUCCGGCGAGGGCACCGACGUCUUCACCCUCGAGGUCAAGGACAACAACCCCAAGUGGUUCUACUGCGCCACCGGCAACCACUGCCAGAGCGGCAUGGUCGGCGUCAUCAACGCCCCGUCCAGCGGAGCGAGGACCCUCGAGCAGUACUCCGCUGCCGCCAAGAAGGCCUCCCAGAACGUUGCUCCCGCUUCGACUGGCGGCGGCACCCUGGGCCCUGCUGCCACUGGUACUCCUGCCUCCAGCUCUGGCAGUGACGGCAGCUCACCCUCUGCCACUGCCUCUGGCACUUCUGAUGCCUCUGGCUCUGCUGCCGCUUCUGCGUCUUCCACUACCAGACCCAACGCUGGUGUUGAGACCCGCGGCGAUGUCCGCUGGGGUCUUCUCAGCUUCGGCAUGGCUGUUGCUGGUGUUGUUGGCGGACUUCUCAUCUAA